AUGGAUCUCAGCAAAACCCUAAUCAUCCCUGUUACACUCAAAGGUAGAAACUACUUGCUAUGGGCAAGAACCACAAAGACAGCACUGUGCGGUCGCGAGCUCUUGAAGCACAUUGAGAGCAAUGAAGUUGUGAAGGAGACGACGACCAAACAAGAAGGAAAGGAGAUCGUUGUGUGUGACAACGACAAGUGGUUCCAAGAGAACCAAAGUGUUUUAGCCUUCAUCCAAAAUUCCUUGGAUGCUCCGAUUCUUGAGUCUUACUCAUAUUGUGAGACAGCUAAGGAUCUUUGGGAUACCCUACAUAAUGUGUUUGGUAAUGUCUCCAAUCUGAGUCGUGUGUUUGAGGCAGAGUUGGAAAUGUUAAGGCGUAACUCGGAGGAUCCAGUGGUUCUAAAUGAACGCCGUGAACAAGACAAGGUGUUUGGCNUGAAUCUGAUCAUAGAUCUCAGCAAAACCCUAAUCAUCCCUGUUACACUAAAAGGUAGAAACUACUUGCUAUGGGCAAGAACCACAAAGACAGCACUGUGCGGUCGCGAGCUCUUGAAGCACAUUGAGAGCAAUGAAGUUGUGAAGGAGACGACGACCAAACAAGAAGGAAAGGAGAUCGCUGUGUGUGACAACGACAAGUGGUUCCAAGAGAACCAAAGUGUUUUAGCCUUCAUCCAAAAUUCCUUGGAUGCUCCGAUUCUUGAGUCUUACUCAUAUUGUGAGACAGCUAAGGAUCUUUGGGAUACCCUACAUAAUGUGUUUGGUAAUGUCUCCAAUCUGAGUCGUGUGUUUGAGGUAAAGAGAGCAAUUAACAAUCUCAACCAGGAAGACAUGGAGUUUACUAAACACUUUGGGAAGUUCAGAUCUCUUUGGGCAGAGUUGGAAAUGUUAAGGCCUAACUCGGUGGAUCCAGUGGUUCUAAAUGAACGUCGUGAACAAGACAAGGUGUUUGGCUUGCUCUUGACAUUGAAUUCGUCAUAUAAUGAUCUCAUCAAACAUAUUCUUCGUUCGGACAAGCUCCCAAGUCUUGAUGAUGUGUGCAAUCAAAUUCAAAAGGAGCAUGGUUCCAUUGGUUUGUUUGGAGCAAAAGGUGAUCUUAUCACAGCCAACAAAGGAGAGGUAGCUGUUGCAAACAAGGGCUACUAUAGAAAUGAUGGAAAGAACCGGUUCAUAUGUGAUCAUUGCAAGAAGCCUGGACAUCUUAAGGAGAAAUGUUGGGCUCUUCAUCCACAUCUUCGCCCGAGAGGAACUAAUCCAAGAGCAAAUCAAGCGAGUGGAUAUGGUGAAACACAAGCUCUGAUGGUUCCUCAAAUCACUGAAGGAAACAGAUCAGCAUUAGAAGCCUCCUCGGAGUUGGUGAGAAAAUCUGAUCUCGAUGCACUCAUCAAGGCUCUAAAAGAGUUUUCUGGUCAUGCCUAUCUUACUCUCAAUGCUAUGAAACCUCUUAUUGUUGAUUCUAGAGCCUCUCACCAUAUGAUUAAUGAUUCUAAGCUAAUUAGAGAUAUAAAACCGGCUUUAGGAAAUGUGAUCAUAGCCAAUGGAGAUAAAGUACCUAUUGAAGGAAUAGGAAACUUAAACUUGUUUGAGAAAACAUCUAAAGCUUUUUAUAUGCCUAGCUUCACCUCUAAUUUGUUAUCAGAUAUUAAAACAAGUAGAGUGCUUGGCAAAGGAACCACUAAAGAUGAUCUUUAUGUGCUUGAGGAUUCAAACCUAUCUACUUCCCUUUCGUCGUGUUUUAAAUCAAUAAUUGAUAAGGCUAAUAGUUCAGUGUGGCAUGCUAGACUUGGUCAUCCCCAUUUUCGUGCUUUGGAACUUUUGUUGCCUAGUAUUUCGUUUAAGAAUAAUGAUUUUGAAUCUUGCAUCCUUGGUGAGCAGCGUGACAAGCUUGACGCUAAGAGUGUCAAGAGCAUGUUUAUUGGCUACUCGACUACUCAAAAGGGAUAUAAGUGUUAUGAACCUGAAGCUAGGAGGGUUCUGGUCUCAAGGGAUGUCAAGUUCUUAGAAUCUAAGGGAUUCUAUAAUACAAGUAAUUGGGAGGACUUGAAAGAUCUUCCCUACUCUUCAUCAUAUAGAGCAGAAAAUCUCCGCAUUCUUCUUGAAAGGCUUGGAGUUGCGAAUAAUCAACAUCAACCUUGUUCUUCUCUGGAAGAAACAGAUAGUCCUCAUAGUCAAGAAGCAGAUGAUUAUGAUAAAGCUGAAUAUGAACUGAACAAUCUAGGUGAAGAACGUGUAUCCGAGGAGGAUGAUCUUGCUUCCGGGGGAGAAGAACCUAAAUUAGAGGAAGAAGAUCAUGUGGAAGAACAUCCGACUCAGGUUGAGGCUACAGAGCUUGAGGCUACAGAGGAUGAUGCCAUUGAAGUUAUUCCCCUCCGACGAAGUGAACGACUCAAGUAUGCUCCUAAGAACUGGAAAAAUCCUCGCAUCUUCUACAAUAGUCAGACGGUUGCUCACCCUAUACAAGCUGUAUGCACUUUGGCACAUUUUCCUGUUGAGCAUCAAGUGUUUCUCACUCAAAUUGAUCAGAAUUGGAUUCCACAAAGUUAUGAGGAAGCUAAAGAACAUAAAGUUUGGCGUGAUGCGGUCGGAGAUGAGACUAAUGCAAUGUUGAAGAAUCACACAUGGGACGAAGCUGAUCUACCAAAAGGGAAGAAAGCUGUGACAUCUCGAUGGAUAUUCACUAUAAAGUAUAAGAGUAAUGGGGAGAUAGAACGAUAUAAAGCCAGACUUGUAGCAAGAGGGUUCACUCAAACUUAUGGAGAAGACUAUUGUGACACAUUCGCUCCAGUGGCCAAGCUUCACAUGAUGGAUGUGAAGAACGCAUUCUUACAAGGAGAAAUGGAAGAAGAAGUCUAUAUGAGACCACCACCAUGA